AUGAAGUGCAUGCCAAAAGCAACGUUGUAUCUACUACAAAAUUUAUUUGAUUGUACACAUGAAGAACGUACUCGUUAUAAAAUUUGUAGAAUACAUGAAAUUAUCUUUUCAGCUGCCAAUGGUAAUUGUCUUAUGCCACUGAGUUUUUCCGAAGCAUUGAUGACAUAUUUAUGUACGGGUAGCGCCUUGGCUGUGAAAAUAUUAAAUGCAUCAGAUCCUAGUGGUAGCUAUGACAUAAUUCAUAGAUGGUAUAAUAAGCAAGAUAAAACAUCAUUAAUAGUACCCGAAGGUGACAUCAAAACAUGCUUUGAUAAUAAUCAGGUCAUUGGAAAAUCAUAUUCUAUUUGCAAUAUUGACAACCUAUCUAGUGUUUCUAGCACUAUUGUGCAUGCAGUGGUGUAUUCCACAUUAGACAUCCAAAAACAACAGUUAGGAUUAGGCAAAUGGUGUACAGAAAAAGCAUUACAAAGUGCUUGUGAAGAUAAAAUUGAUGAGCUAAAGGGAUUAAAUAAAAGCGAAGAUAUUAUGAUAAAUAUGUUUAACCAACGAUCAAUAGUACAGUCAAGUUUCGAAUUAUUUAUUAACGAAUUAAUAGUAAUCGAAAUGAAAAGUACCAUUGAUGGUAGUGAUUUUAUUGACAAGGCUAUUGAAAUAGAGAACGUCUCUUCGAAAAUUCUAGAAUGUGCAAGAUGCAGCAGGGUAUAUGGAAAUGCUAGACAAAAGUGUGAUAAAUGUGAAGUCAAACUUGUCAAAGUCGCACCACCUAUCAACUCUUUAUCAGCUCAGCUCAAUAUUAAUGUUAAUAAAACUCUAUCGAAAGCAUUUUUCAAUAUACCAUCGUGA